UGUAAAAUCAUCUUUCAUAUACAUCGCACACCAGACGAUUGACUGUAAUUUGAGCUAACGUAAGCACUAACAUUGAGUCAGAUUCAACAACGAUUCUCGUUUCAUCUGUAAUAUUUUCAACACACAGUUUGAUUUUAAUAAAAAUCAAAGCGAUUCCAACAAUGUUGUGGAAAAAAGAGACGAAGAACUAUGAUUCGAUGUACGUGGACAUAUUUGCAUUGAAUGGCGGUGAGGCUUCAUUGGAAAAAGCCAUCCGUAAUUUGCAGUGUCACGAAAAGGAAUCAGUGUUGGCCAAGAAUGAUACCCAAUCUUUCCAGAAACGACAAGCGGGAAAUGAAUAUUUCAGCCAAGGGAAAUGGGUUCAUGCAAUCACAUUGUACAAUGAAAGUUUAUUAUUUGCUGAAAAUAGCUCGAAAAAUAUAAGUUUGGCAUAUGCCAAUCGCUCGGCUUGUUUUUUGAAAUUGAAAAAAUAUAAUGAAUGCCUCGUUGACAUUGAAUUGGCCAAAGAAGCCCGUUAUCCCAGCGAAUUGAUGCCCAAGUUGGAUCGACGCAAGGAAGAUUGUUUGAAACAAAUGAAAAAUGACGUGCCAUCCAAAUUGGAGACGAAAAUGACAUUUGAACCGCAUAAACAUUUUCCAUGGAUGGCCAAUGUGCUGAAAAUUGAUCGAGAUGCCGAUGGUGGAUUGGCGAUCUUUGCAACAGAAGAUAUUGAUGUCGGUGAAAACAUUAUGGCAGAAAAGUCGUUCAUGUGUUUCCUGUACAGACACUAUGGAUCGAAAUGCAAUAUUUGUUUAAAAUCGUUGGUAAACCUAAUGCCAUGUGAAAAAUGUACGAUCGUUAUGUUUUGCAGUGAAUGCAAAGAUAACCCACUCCAUCCAUAUGAAUGUGGUUUGAAAUCGUGCAUACGCAGUCAAACAAAUGGUCAAAUAAUGCGACUGGUACGCAGUUGUUUGUUGGGAAUCGACCACUUUUCAAGCGCCGAUGAACUUAUGAACUUUGCGGAACAAAGCAUCAAAGGCGAUUUACAUGAAAUUCCAACAACAUCAUUGGAUGCAAAAUGGAAAUACGAAGCGUUCCUUAAAUUACCAAUUGACAACAACAAUGGUGUUAAUGAUGAUGUUGCAGUAAUUGUGUUUAAAGUCUACAAAAUGCUUUUGAACAUCACAAAGAUAGGUUCAAUGUUCCAGUCAGUGAAGCGUCGUCGUUUCUUGAUGCAUCUUAUACUUCAGCACUACCACAUUUUGGAACUCAAUUCAGCAAUAGGAACAUAUCUACCAAAAAUGGAUCAUACGGAAAAUAAUUGUUAUUGUACUCAAACAGAACUAUAUUCGCAGUAUUUCAGACAUUCAUGCGCUCCAAAUGUACUUAAAGUUUACGUGCAUGAUAUGUUUAUGAUUACCACCAUUCGGCCUAUUAAGAAGGGAGCAAAACUAUUGAAGUCUAUUUAUAUUGAGGAUUUUUUGUCAGCGCCCAAGGCAACACGACAAAAAAACUUAUGGCAGGGUCGAAAAAUAUUUUGCACAUGUGAACGAUGUAUCAGCAACAAGAUGGCAACAUCGGCACAACGCCGUCGAAUGACUUUAGAUCCAGACUAUCUUUACAUUGUUGACUAUGAUGAAUCAAUUCGAAUAGAUAAAUUCAUGCCCACUGCGAUUGACAAAUGCAAAAGUUUUUUACAGAAAUACGGUGAAAUUCGUUUUUGCAAGGAACUUGGUGUAAUCGUUGAGGUUUAUCAACUUUUUAUGAACACACUGAGCACUAACCAACAUUUACUACAUUGACUUACAUUUUAAGAUCAAUUUUUCAUUUA